AUGACUUCUCCAGACGCUGAGAUGGCUGCGUUUGGGGAGGCAGCUCCUUACCUCCGAAAAUCAGAAAAGGAGAGAAUCGAGGCCCAGAACAGGCCUUUUGAUGCCAAGUCAUCUGUCUUUGUGGUGCAUCCUAAGGAAUCCUUUGUGAAAGGGACAAUCCAGAGCAGGGAGGCUGGGAAGGUCACUGUCAAGAGUGAAGCAGGAGAAACCUUGACUGUGAAGGAAGAUCAAAUCUUCUCCAUGAACCCCCCCAAGUAUGAUAAAAUCGAGGACAUGGCCAUGAUGACCCACCUCCAUGAACCCGCUGUGCUGUACAACCUCAAAGAGCGUUAUGCAGCCUGGAUGAUCUACACCUACUCGGGUCUCUUCUGUGUCACCGUCAACCCCUACAAGUGGCUGCCGGUGUACAACCCGGAGGUGGUGUUGGCCUACCGAGGCAAGAAGCGCCAGGAGGCCCCUCCACACAUCUUCUCCAUCUCUGACAACGCCUAUCAGUUCAUGCUGACUGAUCGCGAGAACCAGUCGAUCCUGAUCACCGGAGAAUCCGGUGCCGGGAAGACUGUGAACACCAAGCGUGUCAUCCAGUACUUUGCAACAAUUGCAGCCAGUGGGGAGAAGAAGAAGGAGGAGCAGUCUGGCAAAAUGCAGGGAACGCUUGAGGAUCAAAUCAUCAGCGCCAACCCGCUGCUGGAGGCCUUUGGGAACGCCAAGACCGUGAGGAACGACAACUCCUCACGCUUUGGCAAAUUCAUCAGAAUCCACUUUGGAGCUACAGGCAAACUGGCUUCUGCUGACAUUGAAACCUAUCUGCUGGAGAAGUCCAGAGUCCCUUUCCAGCUCAAGGCAGAAAGAAGCUACCACAUCUUUUAUCAGGUCACUUCCAACAAGAAGCCCGAGCUAAUUGACAUGCUCCUCAUCACCACCAACCCUUAUGAUUUCCACUUUGUGAGUCAAGGUGAGAUCACUGUUCCCAGCAUUGAUGACAAGGAGGAGCUGAUGGCUACAGAUUACUUCAUUGGUGUCCUGGACAUUGCUGGCUUUGAGAUCUUUGAUUUCAACAGCUUUGAGCAGCUGUGCAUCAACUUCACCAACGAGAAACUGCAACAGUUCUUCAACCACCACAUGUUCGUGCUGGAGCAGGAGGAGUACAAGAAGGAGGGAAUUGAAUGGGAGUUCAUUGACUUUGGGAUGGACCUGGCUGCCUGCAUUGAGCUCAUUGAGAAGCCCAUGGGCAUCUUCUCCAUCCUGGAAGAGGAGUGCAUGUUCCCCAAGGCAACUGACACCUCUUUCAAGAACAAGCUCUAUGACCAACAUCUGGGCAAGUCCAACAACUUCCAGAAGCCCAAACCUGCCAAAGGCAAGGCUGAGGCCCACUUCUCCCUGGUGCACUAUGCUGGCACAGUGGACUACAACAUCACUGGCUGGCUGGAGAAGAACAAGGACCCUCUGAAUGAAACUGUCAUUGGGUUGUACCAGAAAUCAUCUCUGAAGACACUGGCCUUUCUUUGCCAACUCUAUGGUGGAGCAGAUGCAGAUGCUGGUGGUGGCAAGAAGGGUGGCAAGAAGAAGGGUUCUUCUUUCCAGACUGUCUCAGCUCUCUUCCGG